AGUCACAUAUUAAUUAAUUCAGGUUUUAAAAUGUAGUGGCAUUUUUUCAGUACGCAAAAAUUUUUUCUUUGGGUAACAUUGUCUAUAAUAACGGGUGUCAACACCAUCAAAUUUUUAUGUCAAAUUACUGUUCAGUGGAAAAGUGACAAGCAAAAAUACAAAAAUGGUUCUCGAGAGUACUAUGAUUUGUUUUGAUAAUAGUGAUUACCAACGAAAUGGUGAUUACUUUCCAACUCGUCUAAAUGUUCAAAAAGACGGAAUUAAUUUGGUUUGUCUAACUAAGAUUCGAUCAAAUCCAGAAAACAAUGUUGGUCUUAUGACUAUGUCCAACACUGUUGAGGUACUGGCCACACUAACUACCGACGUAGGUAGAAUAUUUUCAAAAAUGCACACUGUUCAACCUAAAGGGGAAAUUAAUUUUUCAACUGGUAUUAGAAUUGCUCAUUUAGUACUGAAACAUCGUCAAGGGAAAAAUCAUAAAAUGAGGAUUGUUGCUUUUGUUGGAUCGCCUAUCACACACGAUGAAAAUGAGUUAACACGUUUAGCUAAGCGUUUAAAAAAAGAAAAAGUCAACGUGGAUAUUGUUAGUUUCGGAGAUCAUGAUAACAAUAAUGAGCUGCUUACAGUAUUUGUUAACGCUAUUAAUGGUAAAGAAGGGUCUGGAUCUCAUUUAGUUAGUGUACCGCGUGGCUCAGGUCUUUCUGAUGCUCUACUAUCUUCACCUAUAAUACACGGUGAGGAUGGAGCACCUGGAGCAGGUUAUGGAGGUGCUGGUUUUGAAUUUGGUGUUGAUCCUAAUGAAGAUCCUGAAUUAGCAUUGGCAUUGCGUGUUUCCAUGGAAGAACAACGUCAACGUCAAGAAGAAGAGCAAAGGCGUGCAUUAGCUGAUUCUAAUGCAGCUAGUGGAACUGCAGCAACUACAGGAACAAGCGGUGAACAAUCAAAUACCGGUUCUGCUGCAUCUAUUAUGGAAGAUUCGAAUUCAGAAGAAGCAAUGUUGCAACGUGCUUUGGCAUUGUCAACUGAAGCUCCCGAAGACAAUUUGCCCGAUUUUGCAAACAUGACUGAAGAGGAACAAAUUGCAUUUGCUAUGCAGAUGUCCAUGCAAGAUGCAGACGAGACCGUAACUCAGCAGGCAAAACGCCCUAAAACUGAAGAAGACGCACCAAUGGAAGUCGACGAAGAUUAUUCGGAAGUUAUUGGUGAUCCAGCUUUUCUUCAAAGUGUUCUUGAAAACUUACCUGGUGUAGAUCCACAAUCCGAAGCUGUGCGUGAUGCUGUAGGCUCUCUAAGCAAGGAUAAGGAAAAGGAGAAGAAGAAUGAUUCCAAUAAAAAAUAAACUUAUUUUGAUAAGCGCAUUUUUAAAUACAUUAUUACUCCUGAACUAUAAUAUUUAAUAAUUUCACAUAAAUAAAGAAUUAAAAAUAUCAAAG